CUUCGAGUCAGACUUGCUUCUUCUCAGCGCAAUCCAGCCCUGGAAGAUGCCCUGGAGUCGCUAACUCUGACGCUGGCUUCAACCUUUCAAAGGGUUGGGGCUUGAUUGGCUCGAUUGGUUUCCCGCGCCCUGCAUGGAUGUUUUUGUUAAGACAGAUGAAUCAUGCCUAUGAACUCCCUAACCCUCAACUAGAAUAUCGAUAUCUUUUUCUGAUGGUAUACAUCUCCUGCCUGUCCUUUGGCUUGCAAUAUCUGACGGACGUUGGGUCCCUAGGGUGCGGCGCGCGCUCGGCCAUAAGAAAGCUGCAUAUGUUUAAGAAUUCUGUGCCUGACGCCGCCUCUCACUUCUUAUUUUGACAAUGGACCGUUUGCUCUCCGAUGUUCCUGCAAUGGUCUCAAUGUUCAGGGAGAAGUAAUAAAUAAUGUUGUGUGGAGCAAUUUGCGAUUCGCUAGUGCUCGACAGGCCCCAUGGGUAUGGUUAUGAUCUAAUGAACAUGUAAAUUAGUUUUUUCCUUCUAUCCUUCUUCAAUGGACCAAGCCAAGAUCCAAGAUCCGAAGAAUUUCCUUUCCCUUUGCUGGACGUUUGCGGGGAGCUUGAUAGUCACGUGGAAAUAUGCUUGAUUAUGUUAGUUAAAUAAAUAGUUAACCAGUUAACGUAGAUUCUUCUUGCUAAACAUCAAUGACUAGACCGCGAUAAUAGGGAGCAGGGCGGGCUGGAUCGCAAGGUGCAGCCAUCAUGUUCUACGAUCUGAAUGUUCCUUACGCGCCCAACGACUCUGAAAUACCUAACACCCUUGCUUUCCUCUCCGAACUCGGCUACACAACCAUAGCCCUCUCCCAGUCCGUCUCUGGAAAACUCCCGGCAGACCUCUCUCCGCCCCCUCUCCCCGCCAACCCCCCCAAAUCCCUCACCCUACUCACCCGCAUAACCGUCAACGUCUCUGACCCCUCCCAAAACCAGCGGCUCACCCCUCUCGCACAACAAUACUCCCUCAUCGCCCUACGACCCCUCAAUGAAAAGUGCCUCACGCUCGCCUGUAACAGUCUGGAUUGUGACAUAAUUUCCCUUGACCUCUCCUCCCGCCUCCCUUUCCACUUCAAAUUCAAAACCCUCGCAGCUGCCAUCGCGCGCGGCGUCCGCUUGGAGAUCUGCUACGGCCCCGGCGUAACGGGUAGUGGCGCGGAGGCGCGCAGGAAUCUGAUUGGGAAUGCCGCGUCGUUGAUACGCGCGACGCGUGGGCGGGGGAUUAUUAUCUCGAGCGAGGCGAAGAGGGCGUUGGGGGUGCGGGCGCCCUUUGAUGUGGUCAAUUUGGCCUGUGUGUGGGGGCUUACGCAGGAAAGAGGGAAGGAGGCACUGUGUGAUGAGGCGAGGAAGGUUGUGGCGUUGGCGGGGAUGAAGCGGAGGAGCUGGAGGGGGAUUGUGGAUGUGGUGUAUGGAGGAGAGAAGCCAGUGAAGGAGGUCAGGGAAACGAAGGAUAAAAAUGGUAACAAGAAUAAGAAUAGGGGUAGGAAGGAUGAAGGGGAUAGGAGUGGGGUGAAGAGGAAGGCUGAUACCGAGACUGAGUCGAAUGCUGAAUCCCAGGCGCCGUUGUCGAAACGUGAGCUGAAACGGAGGGCCAAGCGGGCAAAGCUUCAGGGGUCGGGUUCUAAUGAUAAUUCGACAGCGUCCCCGAUGCCUGAUGCAGGAUAAAACAUAAUGACCUGCUUGUAUUUUUUUUCUUUCUCAUUUUCUUUCUUACAUUCUUAGGGGUUUGGCGUUGCUGUUAAUAUGGUAUUGUAAACUACCGGAUAGACAUGUAUAACUUAAAUGGAUAUCGGAAUCCUACAUAGAACUGGGUUAAACCGACGGUGCGGCAAAGCAAAAUUUAAUAAUGCAAUGAAAUAAAAAGCGGAAGGGCUACAAUAUAUAAAUGGAAGUAGAUCAUGAUCCACAGCAUUAAAAAGUAGGAAGAUAUUAACCCAACUACCAGAUAGUAGGUAUACAAUUUCAACGAACACCUUAAAAAAAAGGGAAAGAAAUAUGGAAAGAAAAGCGCAAGACCUGC